AUGGUACUGUGCUUGAGCUACGGAUCAACAGCGGAGGAAGCUUCUAACUUUGGGUUUGUGGUGUUUGACGAUUCGGAACCCGUACAGAAAAUCCUAAGCAACCGGCCCAUUAAGUUCAGAGGAGAUGUCAGACUGAACGUGGAGGAAAAGAAGACUCGCUCCGCCCGGGAAGGGGACCGGCGAGACAUCCGCCCCAGAGGUCCAGGUGGCCCCGGAGGGCCCCGAGAGAGGAUAGGGGGGCCCAGGGGCCCCCCCACCAGGGGUGGCAUGGCACAGAAACCCAGCUUUGGCUCUGGACGAGUACUGGACCCAGUGAAGGAGGUCGCUACAUGGGACCUCGUCAGUGAAUGUCACUCUGAAGUUGGUCGGAUGUCCUACCAUGCCAGUUACUACUACUGAUGUCAGUUGCCCCUACUCUUUGUAUUAUAAAACAAAGAUGGCUUCUACAUCCCUCCCUCCCUUCGCGUUUUGUUUUGUUCCUUGGGAUUCUGGAAUGUGAUCCAUCUCUCCUUUUCUCCUGACUUUGACAUGAUCUGGGCUUUUCUCCUCGUCUUUUACAUCAUCCUGAACUUGAAUUUGUUGAAAGAUUUCAAAAAUUAAAAUUAAAAGGGUCUUAAACUAACUAGUUGAAUUGGAACAGCCCAGUUUGGUUUUGGCGUUCUCUCCCUGUUUCUUAAAGGAACGUGUAUGUACUGCUUGGGCAGUCCUGUGUAUUACCACCACUGUCUUUUCAGGUCAAAUGCAAGUAAUGGUUUUAUUUUAAAUUGUGAAGUUGAAUCAUGGUUGUAAAUGGUUAUUAUUGAGCAUGUACCAAAUCCGGUCUGCCUUUCACUACUGAUGUACUUCAUCAUGACAAAUCAGCUGAUGAGAGAACUGAAUAAACAUGUUUUACUGUUUUAAA